GACGUCACCAAGUAGGCGUGGUCGUGCUUGGAAAUAAACCCUUCAAAGUAACGGUGCUGCUCGUCGCCUGACAUUUCUGCUUUAUUGGAUUUAUCUUUACAUUCGACGCAGUGGAGAUGGGCAACUGUUUGACGGUUGGUCCGAACGAAGCGUUGGUGGUUUCUGGCGGCUGCACUGGCUCCGAUGUGAAGUCCUACGUGGUGGGGGGGUGGUCCUGGGCUUGGUGGCUCCUGUCGGACGCCCAGAGGAUCACUCUGGAGAUCAUGACCCUGCAGCCUCGGUGCGAGGACGUGGAGACGGCAGAGGGCGUGGCCAUCACCGUCACGGGCGUGGCUCAGGUGAAGGUGAUGACUGAGCAGGACUUGCUGGCGCUGGCGUGCGAGCAGUUCCUCGGCAAGUCGGUGAUGGAGAUCAAAGCUGUGAUCUUGCAGACCUUAGAAGGACACCUGCGCUCCAUUCUAGGGACGCUGACGGUGGAGCAGAUCUACCAGGACCGAGACCAGUUUGCUAAACUGGUGCGUGAGGUGGCGGCGCCCGACGUGGGUCGGAUGGGCAUCGAGAUCCUCAGCUUCACCAUCAAGGACGUUUACGACAAACUGGACUACCUGAGCUCUCUGGGAAAGACUCAGACUGCCGCCGUCCAGAGAGACGCGGACAUCGGCGUAGCGGAGGCGGAGCGGGAUGCCGGUAUACGGGAAGCCGAAUGCAAGAAGGAGAUGUUGGACGUCAAAUUCCAGGCCGACACCAAAAUGGCCGACUCUAAGCGAGAACUGGAACUGCAGAAGGCGUCCUUCAACCAGGAAGUGAACACCAAGAAAGCCGAGGCGCAGCUGGCCUACGAGCUGCAGGCGGCCAAGGAGCAGCAGAAGAUCCGCCAUGAGCAGAUCCAGAUUGAGGUUGUGCAGAGGAAGAAGCAGAUCGCCAUCGAGGAGAAGGAGAUCCAGCGCACUGACAGGGAGCUCAUUGCCACCAUCAAGCGGCCCGCCGAGGCCGAGGCCUUCAAGAUGCAGCAGCUGGCCGAAGGACACAAGAAGAAGAGGGUGCUCAUUGCCCAGGCCGAGGCGGAAAAGAUCAGGAAGAUUGGCGAGGCCGAGGCGUCCUCCAUCGAAGCUGUGGGCAAGGCCGAGGCCGAGAAGAUGAGACUCAAAGCUGAGGCCUACCAACAGUACGGCGAGGCCGCCAAGACUGCGCUGGUCCUCGAAGCCCUGCCUAAGAUUGCAUCCAAGGUGGCGGCACCCUUGGCCAAGACCAACGAGAUUGUGAUCCUCAGCGGGGACGGCGGACACAUAACGGGCGAGGUGAAUCGCCUUCUGGCUGAACUUCCCGUGUCUGUCAACGCUCUGACUGGCGUGGACUUGACAAAGAUCCCGCUGCUACAGAAGAUGAUGAAGGCCUCGGCCUGAGAAGUGGUCCACUUGAAGAACUUUGGUGCCUUACUGUAUCCAGGAGCAGGACGUCUGCAUGCUCUCUUGUCUGUGAUCUUGGGAGGGAGGAGGGUGGUCAGCAUUCCCACGCGGUCCUUGGUUCAUUUGGGGCUUGACACAGGUGCUCUAAGCUUGAUCACUUUGUACUCCAUGUUUGUGUUCUGAUGCUGUCUUUGCAUGUGACUCCAUGUUUCGUAACGCUCCGCAACAACAAUCAUCUCUUUUAUCAAGUCAGCUGUACAAAAAUCUAUUUGAGCCUGUUUUAUUCCGUGUUGUUGCUGUUUGGGAACAUCAACACGUGAUGUAUGUUUAUUUCACAAACUACUGAGGACUGUUAAUAUCCUUUUACUAUAUUUAUUUGUACGGACUCACUGAAAUUUGUUCUUUGCAAACUUGGAACUUAAAAUGUGUCCCAACUGAGCUCCUCGUAGUGUGUGUGAAGAUCUCGAUCGGAAAAUGGUGGCACAUCGCUUGUGGUGCGAUUGUUGCCCGCAGGAAGCCAGGAGACUACAACAGGAUGUGGAUGUCAUCAGUUUCCCUGCCGACGUAACACGGUCUACCUCAAACGUUCCCAGGACUGUCAUUAUUUAUCUGACAUCAUCUGAUGCUUUUUAGCUUUGCAGUAGGGUGGGAAAUACCACACAUCUUGAUAGCAGUACAAUUCCAAGUAGAUACACUAUUGCCAAUACUAAUAUUUUUUACUAAUUAUAGGAUUUUGCCAUUAAAUUGCUGAUCAUGAUUAUAAUCUGAAUAAAACAAGACAAGACAAACAAAA